AUGAGGCCGCUCCUUCAACAUGCGUCCCGUACCAUCGUUGAUUUUGCGGCUCUCACAGCAGCUAAGAGAGCCGGACCCAGGCACCCAUCGAACGCUUUCUUGACAGAGCUUUCCAGAAGCUCGACGGUGUGCAUCCAAUGCCAGUUCAGUGUGCUCUCUAGCAGGCAGUUCGGAACGAGCAGAAAACCACCUUCUCAAUCCCAGCCGAAAUUCCUCACCCACACCCGGAAUUGGAGCUCAUCGCGACCACGUCUGCAAGAGAAGCCACCUCCUCGGGAAGACCCGCUACCUUCCCGAGAAGAACAGCCACUUCUUCAGGAAGAAAAGCUACCGCAAUCGGAUGCCCCAGACCCAAGCGUGCCUCCUCGAGAAGACCUGCAUCCUACUACGACGCCAGAACCCCCCAUAGUGGACGCCGAAGCGGUCAGACGGGUGCCGGAUGAGGAACUACCAUCGCAUAGAGAAAAGACAAGAUGGGACAUCUCAAAGCGCUUCUCACGGCUAAUGGACGAGCUGCUGCCCAAACUGGCAACCGUCGGCCAGAAAGUCAAUACGUUCACCGGUACCGACUAUUCAGGUAUUGAGGCACUGAGGCGGGAGAUCAAAGAGCAAGAACAGCUCGUCAAGUCCCGGCGCCUCGCAGUCAAGGACGCCAAAGAGCGGCUGGACGCCGCGCACGCCCAACAAGCGUCCUCCCAGAAAGAAGUUGUCGGCCUGCUUGAGCGCAAGCACUCGUGGUUAGCCGCCGAUCUUGAACGCUACAUGUCCCUCAUCCGCUCGGAGCACGUCAACGACCAAGCCGUACAGGCCGCCAAAGACGCCGUCCAGGCUGCUGAUGCGUCUUUGGAAGAGGCAAGGGCGCGGCUGGAGAAGCGGGAGCGGGCACAAUACCAUGAGGAGCAAAUAUGGAGCGACACUAUCCGGAGAAACAGCACGUGGGUGACCAUUGGGCUUAUGGGGUUCAACACUUUCCUGUUACUCGUAUCUUUGGCCAUCUUCGAGCCGUGGAGGCGAAGACGGAUAGUACGGGAAAUCAAGGGUGCUCUAGACGAGAAAACGACAGCUGCUGCUCUGGCGCCUGCGGCAGCAGCACCGGCCACGGUGGAAGUCCCGACACCGCAGAUUGAGGCCGAGAUAGACACUAUCGUUGAGCCUGCUGGUGUAACAUUGGAGCGUAUCGAAGACCCAGCUGUGCAAGAUAAGCAACCCGCUGCUCAAGCAUCAAAGAACGACGCGGAUGUGCCGCUUGAGUCCCCGCUCGUGCAGCCGGCUGUGGCAGAAGUUUUUCAGGAGACCCUGGACCUGCCUUUACCGGAGCAACCUGUUCCAGAGGCUGCCGUGGGCGAAGCCUUCCCAACUCAACCCACGCCAUCCUCUUGGUCUGACACCUGGGAAAGCUACAAGGUUCGCUUCCGAGACUUGUUUAGCGAGCGACAUGUCACGGUACGGAAAGUCGAUGUCACGACCGUUGCCCUCGAGGGUGUUGCCGCGGGCGCAGCGUUCGUCGGCUUGGUCGUGGUGCUUCUAAGACCGAAGUAA